UCAGGAUGAAGUGGUAGUUAGCUGGGUUGAAAUAGUUAGUGGUAGUUAGUCAGGUUACUGCGGUGGUUGAGCAGCCGCUCGGGGGCGCCUCCCCUCGCUCUGACUCGGCGCUCCGGAGUUCAGUCGGGAGACGCGGUGCUGGAGCCGGAGCUCGGCGCUCGCCAUGGACCCGAGCAACUAAAGCUACCGGACCUUGAGAGAGAGAGAAGCAGCGGACAUCGCCUGGCUAUGGGCGAGCAGCCAAUCUUCACCAGCAAAGCUCACGUCUUCCAGAUUGACCCCAGCACCAAGAGGAACUGGCUCCCGGCCAGCAAGCACCCACUUACCGUCUCCUAUUUCUAUGAUGGGUCAAGGAACAGUUAUCGCAUCAUCAGUGUGGAUGGAGCCAAGGUGAUCAUAAACAGCACAGUCACACCAAACAUGAACUUCACCAAAACCUCGCAGAAGUUCGGCCAGUGGGCUGACAGCCGAGCCAACACCGUGUUUGGUCUUGGUUUCCCCUCCGAGCAGCAGCUCAGCAAGUUUGCUGAGAAGUUUCAGGAAGUGAAAGAAGCGGCUAAAGUGGCUCGGGAGCGGUCACAGGAAAAGGCAGAGAGUGGCAGCACUCACUCACACAUCCCCUCUCAGAAGGAUGUUCCAGUGUAUACAAGCCCAGUCGCUCCAAUCUUUCAACAUAUGACAGUCAUGCUUUCGGAGUCUGGUCACGAAGCCCCGAUCUCGCCACAGGCAUCAAGUGUGAAUGGCACCGAGGAAGAGAAGGGGAGUCGCUCGCCCCCCAUUGAAUCCCUAUUAAAGAGCAACAAUCACCGCAUCAACCCGGUGAAGAAGUGGGAACAGGAGCUGCGGACUCUGGGUGAGAGCAAUGCUCGGCUGAGUGCGGCGCUACAGGAAUCGGCCAGCACUGCCGAGCACUGGAGGAACCGACUGCAGGGCUGCAAGGAGGAGGGCGAGAGGCUGCGGGAGAAGAUCAUGGAACUGGAGGCUGAGAGCAUCGACAUCAACAAGGAGAGAGAGCAGAAUUCACGGCUCAGCCAGACCGUGCGCCUGCUGGAGGCUGAGAUUGCCGAGAAGGAGCAGGAGCUGGAGAAGCUGAGAGAAGAUGUGCAGGUCAUCCCAGGGCUCCUGCAACAGUGCAAUUGCUUACAGCAACAGCUACAGGGUGCAGAGAACUCCAACGUCGAGUUGGAAAGCAGGUCGAAGACACUGAAGUGUAACGUGGAGGAAAGCCGGCAGAAGUAUGAAAACUUGCUGAAGGAUCUCACCACCUUCCUUGGGAUCCUUGAUGGGAAACUGGAUGAGCUCCAUGGAUUUCGACAGGGAUUAGCUAAACUGGGUAUGGACAAUUGACAAGGGGAGAGCCAGGAGAUGGGAAUGGCUGCAUUCAAAUACAGUUAAGGGGCAGCCAGUCACAGAUCCCCUUAACCGGUGGAUCUGCAGUCUCACCCUCUCCACACACACAAUAAGUCUUCAGUCUCAACACCGCCCCCCGCCCCCCCACCACCACCACCGGAGUGCAUCUGCAGUCACUAGUUCCACCCUGAUGAAUACUAAUGAACCAUUGUAGAUGGUCUGAGAGUUUUGUGUCAUUGUUACUAAAACCAGCUGUUUUAUAAAUUCCAGGUUAUUAAAUGACCAAAUUAUA